UGAAUUUAAUCUGCCUCUGCCAGGGCUCAGGGAUAUUUUAUUUAUUUAUUUAUUUAUUCAUUCAUAUACACAUGUAAUAUGUGUAUAUGACUAGCCACAUAAUAAAAACGUGACUUUAUUAGGACAUCAGCAGCAGAAGGGAAAAAAAAGUACACGUGCUUUCAAGAGAUUGAGCUUGAAAGACCCCUGUAAUCACAAGGACCUGAAGAGGACGCUCAUUGCGAAAGAUCGGGAAGGAGGGAUCAGUACCGCGGACAGCUCCCCACGGAGCCCUCAUUAGCCCAGAAUCUGCGAAGCUGCGAGCACCACUUCACUCCAUCUCCGCUCUCUUCCCGGGACGAAAAAAAAAGGGUGGGGGGAGUUUGCGCGCGCGAGGGGGGGGAUACGUCCAGAUCCAGGCUGCUGCAUACAUCAUCUAGACGACGCGAAUCAAGCGUCCAAGUCGGUACUGCAAAGCAUAGAACCUCUUUUUAUUGGAUCUCCAACUGAGGCGAAAAACACGCCCUGUCCUGGGGCGCCGUGGCCUUGUGGACUGUGGAUAUCCCUGGCUGCUAAAGAACAGAGAAAAGUUUCACCGGAGGGAGGGGGAGGAGACCAUUCCUUGUCUCCCCACCCCAGAGAAGGCGAAUGUCUGGUUUUAGUAGCUGAACUGGUAGGAAUGAUGACCGAGAGAGGAUGUGCACCAGCAGCCAGAUCAUCGGGAGCCUCCUGGUGUUAUCCAUGCUGGAGAUAGGGCUGGGAGUCUCUAGCGUGGCCGUGGGGGCAGUCAGCUUCAGCCUCGUUCUUGCGGGUUCUGAGCGUUCAACUCAGCUGGGAGACUCUUCUCCGGUAUGGAGCGGGGUGUGUUUUUUGCUUUGUGGAGUAUGCGGAAUAUUCUGUGCCAAAAAAAAGUCAGGACUUAUUAUGAUACUUUUCUCUGCUUGCUGUAUCUGUGGGUUAAUUGGAGGAAUAUUAAACUUCCAGUUUCUUCGAGCUCUAACAAAGAAAUCCUCAGCUCUCUAUCCCCUACACCUUACCUCCAUGUCUCUAGCAUGCAUUGGAAUUGGUGGUUGUACUCUUUCUUCAUGGCUAACUUGCCGACUAGCCAGCUAUGAACAAAGAAGAAUGUUUUCAGAAAGAGAACAUUCAUUACAUCACUCUCAUGAAAUGGCUGAAAAAAGAUUAAGAGGUAUUGAAAUAAUCGAACUGCCCAGCUGCCCAGUGAUACCCCCAACACCAGAAUUACCUCCAAGCAGACAGGUGUCUACAUCACCACACCCUCACCUCAAUCAACAUUAUCUGACACCUUAUCUGGAAAUCCCAGCUGAGUCCAAGGUGAUUACUCCAGAAUCCAAACCUAGCAUCCGUACCCCAAGUUGCAAAGAUCCGGGAUUUCUUCCAUUUUUCUGCUGUUUGGGUCAGAAGUCAUCCAAUUUUAUGGAGUUCUGUCAACUUUCCAGGUUAGUUACUGCAGAGGCUCCUAUCCCAGCAUCACUGCUGCUACAUUGGGUAAUAAUUGUCCAGUAAACAACAACUGGAAUGCUUGAAAUUGCUUAUGGACAGAAGAUGAUCUGGCCUACACCCAGUUUGUGAAUUGCAAUGGUAUGAUUGCUGUUACUUUUUGAGACACACAAAUCUUACUAUGUAUGUUUGUAAAAGCAGGAUAAGGGUCAAGGACAAUAAACUUAGUAUAAUUAAAUUACUUUUUCAGACAUUGCUGCCAAGUUCAUAGAAUAUAGAUAAAUAGGCAAAAGAUUUUGUAAUUAAUCUCGUUUUACCAUAGAGACUGCUAAAUUAGAAGCUGCCAAAAAUAAUAUUCAUGUGACACCCUUUCAUUAAAUAUAGAUCUGUCAGUGUUUCAUAAAUAUAUUGUUGGAAUUUUAUUGAUUAUUUCCCCCAUUUCUAGAAACAUAAUAUUGUCUCCUUUAUUAGAAAUACUAAACAUAUAUAAUUGGCAUGGUAAGUAUAAUCUAAACUGUGAAGGUAAAGGGAAGCAAGAAAACCAACUAACCCAGGACCUUGUUUUCAUUUCCAUUUCUAUGCUCCCUAUUAUUGUUUUUCCAACUUGCAUCAACUGAAAUAUGCCCUUAUCAUUUGUUGACAUCUUCUAUAGACUUUCUCCUACUGUUCUUAUCAGACAGUAAUGCAUGAAGUGAAGACAGGAAUGAAUCUCACACAAUUUCUUCUCCAUCUCACUUGUGCAAUAAUCAAAGAAACAGAGAGCAAUCUCUUUGUUGCAGAACAAGUUGCAUCUUUUACUAUAUGUAGCUUUUCGUGAUGCAUUCCUUUUCAUAUGCAACUGAAUAAACAUAUCUUUAUACAUUUUUGGAAUUCACUACACUGGGCAUUUACCUGAAUUUUGCAAUCUGAGCAACAAAUUAAAAAAUAAUUUAUUUAUAAAC